CGAUACGAUAUGCCUUGAUUAUACCGGCUAUUAUUGGCACCUUGUUCAUUGGUUCAAUAAUAUUAUUUAUUAUAUAUACUUUCUAUUUCACUUGACCGGAAUCUUUUGUUGUGGCUUCCAAGUACGUACGUUAAUUCGCGAUAAAAAGUCAUGUCUUCUUGGAUCGUCGUCGGUUUCGGCGGAGUUACUUGUGGCGGAAAAACCACCAUAUCGAACGAACUGCAUAAGAUGAUACCGAAUUCUGUGAUAAUUCAUCAAGAUGAUUAUUUUCAUCCGAUGGGUAGCGAAGUACUCGAGUAUAUCGAAGAAGUACAGCAUUACAACUGGGAUACUGUUACGGCCAUCGAUAGCGAGCGGAUGAUUAACGACGUUAAACAAAUCAUCUCAUGCAAAUCUCAUGGUGAUGGUGGUGUUUUAAUUGUUGAAGGUACUCUCGUGUUGCACAUCGAACAACUUCGUCGUCUGUGUGAUUUCAAGUACUAUCUCACAUUACCGUAUACGAUCAGUAAACAAAGAAGAUGCCGGAAGAAUUACGAGAUUCCAGAUCCGCCUUUAAAUUUCGAUAAAAUCGUAUGGCCUGCGUAUCUGAGACACACAGAGCAACUCGAGCAGCUAGAUUCCACUAUUCGGUUCGUCGAUACGAACGAUAACGACGAAUCCACCGUAAUACGUAAUAUCAUGAGUGAUUUAUCGUCAGUUCGUACGUUUAAUACUCCAAGCAAUCGUUGAGCUUCCGAGUCUACUUCUCAGUGAAACUUUCUAUUUUUCUAAUUACCUAUCUCUACGUAUAUUAUACGUAUUUCAAUGUGUAAAUCUGUACGUAUUGUUUCGAAAGCAAUAUCAUUGCGAUUUUUUUUCUAAUAAUUAGCCAAUUUUUAUAAUAAAUUGUACGUAUUCUUAUUCUUUGCCUCGAUGGAUGUGAUAAAAAUAACCUUAAUUAUGCAUUACUUUUACACGAGUAAAUGUUUUGAGAAGUA